GUCCGCUACGCAAGCGGAUGGCCGCGAUCCCGCUAUUCCAAGCGCACUCCAGGGCGUUCGCUAUCGCGUGGACCCCUGCAACCACCGCUUCCUCGCGCCCGCCCACGGAACCAGGGACGCAGCUCGCCGGAUCCGGCCGACGGAGGCCGCUGCGCGCAGGCAUCCGCCUCUGCCUCGAGUGCGUGUGCGCGCGGCCCUGCGCCUGCUCCUCUUCCGGCGCGUCCUCCCCGACGUCGUCCUCACCCCCCGGCGCCGGAUAGCCUCACCCCAUGAGCCGGCCCACGGGCGCGUGGCGACACCAGGCGCAGCACCGGGGGCACAUGUGGGCCGCCUCCCCGGCCUUCCGCAGGCAGCUCGUCCUGCUCCGCUCCCUCCUCCCCCAGCCGCCUCCUCCCUCCUCGCCGCCGCCCUCCGUCGCAGGCCGCCGCUUCGCCCCCCUGUCCUCCCCCUCGGGCACCUCCGGCUCCCUCCGGGCCGCCCACGCGAUGGCAGCGGCGACGGUGUACGAGGCGGACACGGAGGCCGUCGUCCGCCGGAUCACGCCGCCGCUCGACCGCGCCAGGCACAAGGGCCAGGCAAGGAAGAUAGCAGUAAUUGGUGGAUGUCGUGAGUACACCGGCGCUCCAUAUUUUGCAGCUAUCUCUGCCUUGAAAGUUGGUGCAGAUCUUUCACAUGUUUUCUGCACAAAAGAUGCUGCAACAGUAAUUAAGAGUUAUAGCCCUGAACUGAUUGUACAUCCGAUACUGGAGGAAUCAUACAGUGUAAGAGAAGAUGAAAGAGCAUCUGUAUCUUCUAAAAUUCUCACUGAAGUUGCUACGUGGAUGGAGCGUUUUGAUUGCAUUGUCGUUGGUCCUGGCCUUGGAAGGGACUCAUUUCUUCUGGUUUGCUUGCCCACAUGUCAUCUUUAACAAAUAUUAUAGAUACCCCUGUCCUAUACUCCUAUUGAGUGUUAUUGAUUGCAACUAUUUUCCUUGUUCUACUUGAACUUUCAAUCCUGUAGGUUCCGUGAUACUAAGUCUUGGUUUGUGUUCAUUUAAGUUUUGGGCAGUCUCUUAUUUGUCA